AUGUCACAGCGUGUAAUUGGCCAAUGUUUCUUUACGACUCCAGCGAUGACUGCAAAUGCUUACUUAGAAAUUCUGCAAGAGUUUGCUAUUGAUAACAUACCCCUACAAAUAAGACGAGCGGAGUAUUACCAACAGGAUAGUGCAUCGCCUCAUUUUGCCCCUACUAUUCGCGCUUUCUGUCUGUCUGUCUGUCUGUCUGUAUCUAUCUAUCUAUCUAUCUAUCUCAGUCUGUCUGUCUGUCUGUCUGUCUGUAUCUAUCUAUCUAUCUAUCUAUCUAUCUAUCUAUCUCAGUCUGUCUGUCUGUCUGUAUCUAUCUAUCUAUCUAUCUAUCUAUCUCAGUCUGUCUGUCUGUCUGUCUGUCUGUAUCUAUCUAUCUAUCUAUCUAUCUCAGUCUGUCUGUCUGUCUGUAUCUAUCUAUCUAUCUAUCUAUCUCAGUCUGUCUGUCUGUCUGUCUGUAUCUAUCUAGCUAUCUAUUUCAGUCUGUCUGUCUGUCUGUCUGUCUUUAUCUAUCUAUCUAUCUAUCUAUCUAUCUAUCUAUCUAUCUAUCUAUCUAUCUCAUUAUUCUGUUCAUUAUCUAUAUAUCUAUCUCAAUUUGUUCGUUAUCUUUCUCUUUUCUUUCUUUCUCUCUCUCUCUAUCUAUCUAUCUAUCUAUCUAUCUAUCUAUCUAUUUAUCUAUCUAUCUAUCUAUCUAUCUAUCUAUCUAUCUAUCUCAGUCUGUAUGUAUGCAUGUAUCUAUCUAUCUCAGUCAGUAUAUAUCUAUAUAAUUCUGUUCAUUAUUUAUCUAUCUCAGUUGUUUGUAUAUAUCUAUCUACAUUAAUCUGUUCAUUAUCUAUCUAUCUAUCUAUCUAUCUAUCUAUCUAUCUAUCUAUCUAUCUAUCUAUCUCAGUCUGUAUGUAUGUAUGUAUCUAUCUAUCUCUGUCUGUAUAUAUCUAUAUACAUUAUUCUGUUCAUUAUCUAUCUCAUUCUGUUCGUUAUCUUUCUCUCUCUCUCUAUCUGUCUAUCUAUCUAUCUAUCUAUCUAUUUAACUAUCUAUCUAUUUCAGUCUGUUCCUAUCUAUUCCUAAUGGUUUAA